UACAAAAGAGUCUCGCUUGAGCCAUUUUCGUUGCUUAUAAUUUUCUUAUAUUAUGUUUUACAUUUGGUUUUUAAACACACUUUUAAUAAAAUAAAAUAUUGAUUUGAUAUUUUCAAUGUCUGGAGAAUUCAGAAGAUCAAUACAGCAGUCUUUAAUUAUAGAUAUAUCCUCAUUAUCGCAUAUAUAUUUACAUCUAUCAUUCCUGUACAUUUCACAUUCUAUUAACAAAUGAUAAAGUUCUCUCCCCUUCAACACCGGUUCUCCACAGCAGGAAAUUUUUUCUAAUUGUAAUACUUUUUUAUUAUGUACUAAUCUUAAACUGUAUUUAUUUACUAAUCUUAUUUGUGCAAAAAUUUUGAUAAAUGGAAGUGGUACUUUAUUUCUUAAAUAAUUUUGCUGUCCCUCUCUCAUAGAGAGAUGAGGGAGUAGUUGUAGAGAGCCGGAGUUUGAGAGAGAGUGCACAUCUUCAGCGCGCAGAAAGGUUUCGUAGAGUUUUAAAAGUCGCUCUUUGUUAUUCUGUACAAAUUCGAGGUUCCAAGAUAUUGUUUCUCCUAUAGUUUCAAACAUUUUUUCUACUUGGGAGCACCAAUUGUAUUUCAUAUUAUUCUUUUGUGAUUUUGUUAAACUAAUUAAUCUUAGCAGGCAAAUUUUAGGGUCAAGUGGAUGAAUGUGUUUGAUACGAAUCCUAACAUUCUCUUUCAUUUUCAUCUACUAUCUUGUUUAUUUACUGCAAAGGGUCGAGGUUGAUCCUAAAUUUUUCAUCCUCAGUCAACAGAAGAGAGUGCAAAGAGCAGAAGUGAAAGAAGUUUUCAAUUUUUUCAAUCACUUUCAUAUUUUGGAAAAGUUGUUUCCUUGGUUAUGGAGACUGAACGAAGCCGACGCCAAGAUUUUAUCACCAGGAAAAUUUUUCACUGCUUUGAUAAGAAUACCAAUUUUAGGAGAAAAAAGAAUAUUUUUCACUGUGACAAAUUAUGAACCACCAAAAUAUUUUGCAAUCGAGUCAAAGGAUAAUUUUUUUAAAUAUCGAAUAGAGAUUCGUCUAAAGAGAGAAGAAAAUAGUCUUCUGUUUGAAACCAGUGUGUUUUGCAAUAAAUCUCUAGCUUUGUUUCAAUACACCGUGGGAAAUAUUAUAUUUUACCUAACCAAAAAUCAUCUCGAACAGUCUGUUAAAAAUGUAAUUCAACUGUACGAGGAAAUUAAUCAAUUAGAAAUUACUCAAUUGUAAAAAUAUUUUUAAAAUAAAAAAAAUAAUUACUACAAAAAUUGAGAAAACUAAAAAAAAUUUCAUGCAUGAAAAAUAAUCGAUUACUGUUUAACUGUGUUUAACUACGAAGACAACUUCAUUAUUUACUUGUCAUUAACAUUAAUAAAAAAAAAUAAAAAAAAAACUUUUAACUACAAUGGCAACUUAAUAAAAUAUUCAAAAUUGAAUAGCAAACAUUUGGCAACAUAAAUAUUCAAAAUUAUGGAUUUUCCACACAUUGUCAGUCUUGCUGUAUUUUAUUUAAUGGCAAAUGUCAUUUUUUUCAUUUUUAUCCGUCUCCCAGUAACCCAUCAAUUAAUAGAAAUUAAUAAUGACGAUGAAACAUUGAAAUUAACAGAGGUUGUUGAUCAGGAGAGGAUUAUACAAAUUGGCCAAGGUGAAGGAUCGCAGACGUCAGAAAGUUAGCUAAUUUAAAAAAGGUUAAAAAUUUUCGCGCAUGGAAAAUAUUUAAUAAAAACAAACAGAAGGGGUGUUA